AUGUAUUCCGCCAUACUGCGGGGGGCCUCCUCCUCCAUCCACCGGCUGACCGAAGUCAAAGCCCGCAUUCCGUUUCUCAAAAACGUCCAUGUCAAUUUCAUCCUUCUCCACUACACCUACAUCAUCUCCAUGACUUUUCUCUCCUCCAUCAUCAUUUACCCCGGGACGGAGCUGGCCUACAUCGAUGCCCUUUUCUUCUCCGCCGGCGCGGCCACCCAGAGCGGUCUCAACACCGUCGACUUCAACCUGCUCCAUACCUAUCAGCAAAUCGUCCUGUACUGGGUUUCCAUGCUGACUACCCCCAUCUUCAUCCACACCAUCCUCGUCUUCGUACGCCUCUACUGGUUCGAGAAACGCUUCCAACACGUCGCUCGCGAUGCCCGCGCAUUACGUCAGUCCCGAUCCCGCAUGCGCACCAUCAGUCAGGACAAGGAUAGCAUGUCGCACGGCCGAGAGGAGAUGGGGGUCGGAGGUCGUUCGAUCGUGGUGCUACGGAAUACGCUGAGAAACCAGGGCACCGCUCAAGAACCAGGCUCGCCCAAACGCUCACCCCCCAGUGACUCGGGAUCGGCAUCCUCUGGGGCCCCCGGGGAGAGUGCGAGAACGUCGGGAGACGAACAGGACGAGGAACAGGACGAGAGCCCUGGGACGUCCCUGCGAAUGCGCUUUGGUAGCUUACGGGUGCCGGCACAACUCAGCCCUGAACAGCACAUUGCCUUCCUGGAAAACCAACGACGCAACACGGGCGCUCUGCGGAUUCCCAGUCCCCGGGAGUACGACCGCGGUGGCGUGCCGCAAGUGCUGGAUGAGGGGAAUGCGGAAGUCACGCGUACGGGCAGCCGACAGUCGGACGAGCCACGGAGUCCCCGUGAUGCAGAGGAGAGCGACCAUGUGGGGCCGAUGGUCGGUCCGCAUAUUACCAUCAACGAGCCUGAUAUGAUCCGCACCAAGACGCGGAACUCGACCUUCCCUCGCAUGGAUACACGCCCGACCGUGCGCGAGACCAAGGACCCCGGCGACCCGUCGUCUCCGCUCACUCGCAUCGCCACUCGCCGUCCGACCAUCACCGGCGUCUUUCGCUCCUUGACCCAUGAACGGGAGCGCACGACUCUGCCAUAUCUGAGCUGGAAUGCCACAGUAGCCCGGAAUUCCAACUUUGUCGACUUGACCGAGGAGCAACGGGAUGAACUAGGUGGCAUCGAGUACCGCGCCCUGAAGACGCUGGCCGUCGUUCUCAUCUCGUACUAUGUCUUUUUCCACCUUCUCGGCAUCAUCUGUCUGGUGCCGUGGAUCCUGACCACGCGCUGGGGUUCGGUUGUCACUGAAAUUGGCCAAGGACGCCCAUGGUGGGCCAUUUUUACCGCGGCUUCCUCCUUCAACGAUGUCGGAUUCAGCAUUACCCCGGACUCUAUGAUGGGGUUCGCGGAUGCAAUCUUUCCCCUACUCCUCAACGGUUUCCUCAUUGUGAUCGGCAAUACUGGGUUCCCCUGCAUGCUACGCCUGAUCAUCUGGGCCUUGUCCAAAUUCACUCGCAAGGAGACCCCCCUAUGGGAAGAAUUGAAGUUUCUUCUCGACCAUCCCCGCCGCUGUUUCACGCUUUUGUUCCCCCGAAACGCAACCUGGUGGCUCUUUGCAAUCCUGGUUGCCCUGAACGGGAUCGAUCUGAUUUUCUUCAUCAUUCUGGAUCUGAAUAAUCCCACCGUCACCGACUUCCCGGUGGGCAUCCGCAUCUUGGACGGUCUCUACCAGGCGACGUGUACCCGGACGGCCGGGUUUUCUGUUGUGUCUCUGGCAGACCUGCAUCCGGCGGUCCAGGUUUCCUACAUGAUAAUGAUGUACAUCUCCGUCUUCCCGAUCGCCAUCUCCCUGCGCAGGACCAAUGUGUAUGAAGAAAAGAGCCUGGGCAUCUACCCAGGGGCUGACGAUGAUGACGAUAGCGAGAACCAAACCACUCCCAAUUAUAUCGGAGCCCAUUUGCGUCGACAACUGGGUUUCGAUUUGUGGUACGUCGUUCUUGGACUCUUCAUCAUUUGCAUCGUGGAGGGCGGUCGUCUGCAGCGGAAGGACGAGUAUGCAUUCCAGAUCUGGUCCGUGCUCUUCGAGGUCAUUUCUGCAUACGGUACCGUCGGGUUGUCCUUGGGCUAUCCCGGAGUGAAUGCUUCCUUUUGCAGCCAGUUUCAGGUAAUCUCCAAACUGGUGAUUAUAGCAAUGCAGGUCCGUGGAAGACAUCGUGGUCUGCCGUAUGCCCUGGACCGUGCCAUCUUGUUACCCUCCGAGGCCCUCAACCAGAAGGAGAUCGUCGACGCCGAGCGACGCAUGCGCCGACGAGCCUCGAGCCUGGCACAGACGUCGACUUUUGACUAUGCCAAUAGCCAGGCUCGGGAGGAUGGAGCUUCCACCGGGUUGGACCGCAAGGAUGGGCCAUCGCAGGGCGAGCCCAUCAUGCGACGUCAAUCGACCUUUCGCUCCCAGCAGUCACGCUAA